AUGUCUCUAAAGCCCACCGAUACGGAUCGUCGGCGGUGGUCGUCCAGAGAUCCCUGGUCCCCAGGCGUGCAUCCUCCCGGAGCCUAUCCUCCGUCGCCAAACGGAGACAGACCACAGCAUUCCAACCUAAGAAGCGUGAAUGAAGUUCUUAAAUCUCGCCGGGAUGAGUAUGUGCGAAAGAAAACAAUCAAAAUUAAGGUGGGGACAUGGAACGUUGCAGCCUUUGACAAGUGUUACAAGGACCUCGGUGCAUGGUUUGCUGAAGGUCUCGGUGUCAAAGGCUUGACUCAGGAUUUGGCUGGUCUAAGAGCGAGCACGAAUGGAGAAUCCGAUGACGACCUCUACGAUUCUGAGAUCGAAUCGGUGGAAGAGCAGGAGGCAAGAUAUACAAAGAAGGAUACUACUGUACCACUGCACGACUCUCCGGCUGUGCCGAGCGGGAAAGAGGUGGAUUUAUACGUGCUUGGGUUGCAGGAGGUAAUAGAUGUAUCUUCUGUCACUGAAGCCAUGAAACCCUAUACCGAUCCAAAUCCUGGAAAGAAGUGGAAGCGGGCACUCAAGAAACACCUUCCAGCUGGUUACAAGAAGGUGGUCGAGCAUCAACUGAUUGGCCUGCUAUUGGUAGUCUUUGCUUCUCCGGAGCUGGCGCCUCAGAUUUCCUCUGUUGACUCUACAAGUGUCGGCACUGGUUUGAUGGGCUACCUUGGCAACAAAGGGGCUGUCUCUGCUCGCGUUCUUUUGGGCGAGAGCACUCGCAUGUUGUUUGUAAACUGUCAUCUUGCUGCUGGAGCCGAUUCGACUGCUCUGGCUAGAAGGAUAUGGGACACUCAACAAAUCGUGUCGCGUACCAAGUUCGAGCCUGUUGGUGAUGAAUGGGUUGGCAGUACUGGUCGACCAGAGAUUAUCGGUGACGAAGACUUCGCAUUUUGGUUCGGUGAUCUUAAUUACCGCCUAGACGAUAUUCCUGGCGAAGAUGUGAGACGCCUGUUGUUACUCCACGCUAGAAACGAAUACGACGUGCUUAACGCGUCGAAGCGUAGGAUCGACAGCGAAUUAGGUUACCAGCCACAAUUGCCCUCAGACCAUCGGCCUGACAACCAUUAUGAUGGUGAAGGAAUCGAGCGAGCUGCUACUCAGAGUAAAGCAGCCCCAGAUCUCGAUCCUACCAAUGACCCUGCUUCGCUGCAAACCACACUCAAGUCACUCUUUACACACGAUCAGCUUCGAGCCCAGCAGAAAGCGCGAAAAGCCUUCCACGAAGGAUGGCGUGAAGGUGACAUCAAUUUCCUCCCGACCUACAAGUACGAUGUCGGCUCUGUCGCUAUGUUCGAUUCCAGCGAGAAGAAGAGAAGUCCUAGCUGGUGUGACCGCAUCCUCUAUCGCUCACGUCGUGAUUACGAACAAUACCAACAAAGACUUCAGAUGGAAGCAGAAUCUGCCAGAAGAGAUGAGGAGAUGCAAAGAAAGGGCUUAGGGGACGCCAGCUCGCACGAGGAUGUUCUAUUCGACUACGACCCAGAUGCGGAUGGCGACAGUUACGAUGACGAUGCCGAAUUCCAAGAUAAUAAUCGCGACGCAGAACUAGUUCGUACCAAGUCUGGAUCUGAAGACACUAUCGCAUUGGAGGAAUAUGUCUCGCAUCAGCGAGUCUUGUCCUCCGACCACAAGCCUUUAUCAGCAGUCUUCACUUUGACCUACGACUCAGUUGAUCAAGAGCUAAAGGCUAAAGUCAUGAGACAAGUCACGAAAGAAUUUGACAAAGUUGAGAACGAGUCUCGUCCAACCGUCACACUGGUACUUGAUCACCAUCCAUUUGCCGCUUCCGUCACUGACAGAUCGGCAGACACUCCCGAGUUAAAGCUCGUUGACUUUGGCGAUAUACGAUAUCACGUCCAAUAUGAACGCCACCUGACCAUAGCCAACACAGGCCAAAUUGAAGUACUUUUUGCUUUUGUGAGUGGUCCAAGUGAUAAUGGUGACAAGCUCAGUCCGAUUCCUGCUUGGUUAGAUGUCCAGAUUCACCACGACAUGAAUACGGGGAAAGCCGGACCACCUGAUUUGGGCCCUGUAAAACGGUAUAGAUUAUUACCCGGUGAGACAACGGAUAUCGCGUUACUUGUGGAAAUCACCCAGCCGGGAAUGGUCAAGCAUCUGAACUCCGGAGACAUGGUGUUAGACAACAUCUUAGUUCUCCGCAUAUCAAAUGGCAGAGAUUACUUCAUCCCAGUGAAAGGCAAAUGGCUACAGACCUGUUUCUACCGCAGUAUUGACGAGCUUGUACGCAUCCCUUCUGGUGUGCGAAGUUUGACUUUGCACAAGGAAGACGCUGAGGCACAACGUCAGCCAUCGAAAAAUAUACUGCACUCCGCGCCUCAGGAGCUCUUUGUAUUGACCGACAAGAUUCCUCAAAUGGUCGAGCGUGUGGUUGCUGACUGGGAUAUGUUGCAUAACCAAGACGAGCCUCCUUGGAAUUUUGGCACAACAUGGCCAUUCCUGGUAAUGACUGACACAACCGAGAGUUCCUUGAGAACAGAGCAGCUCGCGGACAUUCGAGAAGCCCUUGAUACAGCCUCAUCCAUAGACGAUCUCCUAAGUCCGACCACAGAUCCACUAAAUCAGCUAGUCUUGCUUGCAGAAACCCUUGUCCAUUUUCUGCAAUCACUGACCGACGGCAUUAUCACGAAUAAUGUUUGGAAGGAGAUUGAAUCGAGGUUGCAAAUCCACGAAAAAUCCAAGCAACCUCUGUCGCACGAAACGUUGCAAGACAUAGUGAUGGAAGCAAUGUCAACAACACCAAUACACAGUGUCUCGCUUACAUUCAUAACUUUUAUGCUCAAUCGUCUCGCCAACGAGAUCUGUGCUAAUUCAGCACAGCAGGACAGAUCAGUCGAUCCGGUGGGUCGGUCAAGGUCGUCCACCUCAGCAAGCGCCAUGUCAGACGUCUCACUUUCAAGCAUCAAGUCUGGUGGUUCUACAAAAACGAAGAGAUCACUCUUGUCAUCACUCACUGGGCGAAGUUCAAACUUAGACAUGACAGCGACAUCCACUUCAUCUACUAUAGACGGAGCUCAUUCUACAUCCGCAUCAAAGGCACAACUUGCGCACAAGUAUGCAGAGGUCUUUGCACCACUGGUGAUUCGAUCGGAUCAGGACCACAAAACGAAGGAGAAAGCCAGUAAGGCGCAAUUAGCUCGCAAAGUGAGAGUACUAGAGGUCUUCUUGAACCAGGAAAUGUAG